AUGAUGGAAGAAGUGAACCCAGUUCCGGUGUCAAACUCUGACGGCUCCUGUUCCCAAUCGUUUCCACAGGAAAGUGAUAAAAAACGAUUACCAAGAAGUCAAAAGAAAAAAUUGGCAAAGGAAAGAUAUAGGGAGAAAAGGAGAGAGAAACGACGCGAAAAGAGGAAGGAAAGAAAUCAACGAGAAAGUAGGGAACUAAAAAAAAUCUUAGAAAAUAUGACUGAAGAACAAAAAAAUGAGUAUUUAGCUGAUAAAAAGCGGAGAGAGGCUCAACUAAAAGUACAACAAGAAAUAUUCCUACAGGAUGCGCAUGACCAUGGCAUGCCAAUUUGCCUGAAUCUUAAUUUCUAUACCAUCAUGAAUGAAAAGGAAUUGAAAAGCUUAGCAAGACAAGUUUCCUACAUAUAUAGCUGCAUCAAAAAACAACAGGCUAAGAUAAAGCUCAUAUUAGCCGGACUAGAUAGUAACAGCAUAUUGUAUACCUACUUGCAAUUAUAUGAUAUUGAUAGGUGGAAGGUGCACAAGCAUGCUCAAGAUUACUGGGAUGUUAUCGAUAAAAAGGAAAUAAUUGUCCUCUCACCAGAUGCGAAUGAAGAAAUUGAAAUCGUAGAUCCAACAAAAACAUAUAUUAUCGGAGGACUAGUAGACGUUAACGUAAAGAAGAAGCUAACAUUAACACAAGCGGUUGAACACGGAUUGGUGACAAGAGCGCUACCAAUCAAGAAAUAUUUCCCAAACUGUAAGAAAAAGAUACUGAACAUAUCCGCUGUGUUCGGUAUACUCAUUAUGAGGGCAAAUAACCAUACGUGGGAAGAAGCCUUUCAAACAUGGAUUCCCAUAAGAGCACGCAGAGAUAACACAAAAGAUAUUAUUAAUUAAUAUAG